AUGGAUUCCAAAAAUACUUGGGAGACGGUUGACGUCAGAGGCAUCGCCUCUUUCAAGAGUGUAGCUACUCUUGUCAGUGUCUGGUUUUUGUAUCGUCUAUUUGUUGCUCUGUACAACAUCUCACCUUUCCAUCCCCUGUCUCGUUUCCCUGGACCUAAAAUCGCUGCUGUCAGCUACCUCUACGAGGCUUACUACGACUGGUGGCGAGUGGGACGAUAUGGAAAGGUUAUCCGCCCUAUUGUCAGAAUCAAUCCCGACGAGCUUCACUGCUCAGACCCAUAUUUCACCGACGAAAUUUACGCUGGUCCUGGCCGUGUUCGCGACAAAUGGCAGCAUCAACUCAACACUGGAGGCGCUGGCCCUGUCUCGGUAACAGGUUUCUCAACCGUCAACCAUGAAGUCCACAGAAUGCGAAAGGGAGCCCUGUCAAAGUAUUUCUCUCGGUCGCAAAUGCUGAAACUCGAGGGCGAAGUGCGGGAUUUCUCACAGAUGACAGUGGAAAAGAUGCUAAGAUACGCGGGUGGCGAGCCUUUCGAUGUCAAGGAAGCCUUUAACUGUUUCACAGCGGAUAUUAUUUCCCAGUAUGCCUUUGGCGAGUCUAUGGGUUUCAUUGCUCAGGAAGGAUGGGAACCUAACCUGGCUACUUGGGUCAAGUCUUUCUUCCAGAGCGCGUACAUGAUGCGACAUAACGUCUUGGCGAGAAAGAUGGCUCAGUUCCUUCCCUUUUUGUCUGAUUAUCUUGGCGAGGAUAUCAAGGCUGUUAUGCGACAAAUGAAUGUGGUUAUUCCAGGAUACAUCAAGGCCGCGUUGAAGAACCCUGAUGGUGGACGAGUGUUUGCUCAAGUCGUUGAGUCAAAGACGCUACCAGAGUCGGAAAAGUCUCUGUACAGACUAUCCGGUGAAGGGUUCAAUUUUCUGCUCGCUGGUACUGAAACCACGGCUGCCACUCUCACUGUCAUCACGUACUUCCUCCUCGACAAGCCUGAUAUUUACAAGCGUCUUAUGGCUGAUCUAAACGGCCUCGAUCCGGAGAACCUUAAGUGGACAGACCUCGAACAACGUCCGUACCUCUGGGCUGUAAUCCACGAAGCUCUGCGUGUCAUGCCUGGUGUAUCCCAUCGAUCUGCCCGAAUCGCCCGGGAAGAGGACCUCGUCUACCAGAGCCAAGACGGUAACACCAACUGGGUCAUUCCCAGAGGCACACCCAUCGGCAUGACAUCCAUGAUCAACCACUGGAACGAGGAGCUUUUCCCCAAGCCUGAUGAGUUUCUGCCGGAGCGGUGGUUGGAGAAUGGAAAGCCAAACUACAAGUUGCAGAAGUUCUUGAUUUCGUUUGGAAAGGGAAGUCGUGCCUGCAUUGGCGAGAAUCUCGCUUACUGUGAGGUAUAUAUUAUGGCGGCUCUUAUGGCAUUCCGUGUCAUUCCUCGAGCUCGUCUUUACGAGACAACUAUUGAGGACCUCACUUAUGAUCACGACUUGAUUGUGCUUCAAACCAAAAAGGGAUCUAUUUCUGUCCGUAUUGCUAUCUCAUAG